GAGAGUGGGAGAUGCAGAGAUACCGGGAGUGUGAUGGUUUGCACUCUAAUCCAGAGGAAGCGUAACAGAGUUAGUUUGAUGUAGAUUAUUCACACAGUCUAAGCUGGUGACAAAAAUGAAGACAAGAGGAAGAAACAGAAAUGUCACAUUUAUCCAUGAAGGACAACUCUUUGCUGGACUUCUUCUAAAUGAAGAAAACACUGAAGACUCUUGGCUGCUCAAAGAAAACCAGGUGUGAUUCCUUUAGUGCUCCCUGAAAUCAACCAGAAUCAUCAGCAGUCGACCUGCAGCUGUUUUGCAGCGAUGGGAGGAGAGGAUACGGUGUGGUGACCGGAGCGGCUCUGGAGCCUCUGUUUACUCCACAUGGUUACUGUAAUCCAGAGACAUACAAAUGAAGGAUAUACAGAUGACAUCCUGCCCCGCGAUUUCAAAUUGAUGUCAGCGAUUGCUGCUCUCCGGCUGAAGAAGCGACUUCCAUUGCUUCAUGAUAAUGACCUUCUCGUAGACUGCUGAAUCCAGCCACAAUGCGUCCACUUACCGGCGAUCCCAUGUGUCAUGGUAAUUGGACAUCCAUGUGGCGGCAAAGUCUCCGAUGAUUUAGGGCGCUGCCUGUCGAGGGGAAAACUGGAGGCCUGAGCGCAGUUCACAAGUCAACGUUGGCUGGAGCCAGAAGACCAAAGACUGGUGUGAAGGCUGGAGAGUGAAGGCCUCUUCCAUUAGCGUUCCCCGGGGAGGCAAAGGCCUCGACAUCGUCUGGAUGUACUGACCUAUUCCUGGCACACUCUGAGCACCACCUUGCUGCAUACUGGGGAACAAACAACACACCGACAGCUCUUUCCUUUUGGAGUUUAUCCCAACGUUUGGAAGCAGUUUACCACAUUUAAAGUUUACCGUAAGACACGUAAUGUUAACCGUAAGCCGGAAUAAAAACAGAGAAGGAAAAAAACAUCUGGGUGCUUUGUGAGUUACAUAUUCCAGUACUGUGCUAAAGAAGACUUUUUUAAAAAGUGUUUUCUUGGUUGGCUUGAAUCGCUUCAAAUUGGGAAUAUAAUAUUUUAAACAGAGGAAUCCUCUGACAUCUUACACUUUUUUUUCCCCAACUGAUUUGUCAAUGCUGACAUCUUCCUCAAAGCAAGCCUUCACUGACGAUAGCUCUUGCUUUUUGGCCGUGGAGCUCGGGCGAAAAAAGCCAGGAUUUUUGGCGAGACACUCAGGUGCUUUUGUGCACCUCUGGGAUGGAGUGAAAGGAAAAGCCUUACUGGGGGGGCUCUGCUAGAGCGGAAACGUUUCCACCGGCUAUGUUUGGAUGCGAUGCGUCUCUCUGUGGAUCCAGCAUGGACUGCCUGCUCUGACUACACAGUCCUGGUGUUCAGAUAGUUCUGGAGUGAAAGGAUAAUGCAUAUUUUUCCCUGCCGACAAAAAGAAGCCACCAUGAGCAACGUCACAGUCACCGACAACACUGAGCCCAUCAGCAGUGCCAUGAGUCCGGCGGCCCCCGACCCGUACCCUUACCCCGUUAGCUUUCAAAUCUCCCUGACGGGCUUCCUGAUGCUGGAAAUACUGCUGGGUCUGAGCUCCAACCUCACAGUGCUUGCACUUUACUGUAUGAAGUCCAACCUCAUUAGUUCCGUCAGCAACAUCGUCACCAUGAACCUUCAUGUUCUGGACGUGCUGAUCUGUGUGUGCUGUAUCCCUUUAACAAUUGUGGUGGUGCUUCUCUCCCUGGAAAGAGACAUGGCCCUCGUCUGCUGUUUCCACGAGGCCUGCGUCUCCUUCGCAAGCGUCGCCACUGCUGCUAACGUGCUCGCCAUCACCCUGGAUCGCUAUGACAUCUCUGUGAAACCGGCCAACAGGGUUCUGACCAUGGGUCGUGCGCUAGCACUGCUGGCUUCGAUUUGGGUACUGUCCUUUGCUAGUUUUCUUGUUCCCUUUAUCGAAGUGGGCUUCUUCGCUCACGACCACGCUGAGCUGAACCAGACGGUGGUGGAGAACGGGGCCCUCAGCAACGAGUACUACACCGAACCUGGCCUGUAUUAUCACUUGCUCGCUCAGAUCCCUAUUUUCUUCUUUACGGCAAUUGUAAUGCUAAUCACCUACUCGAAGAUCCUACAGGCACUCAACAUUCGCAUCGGCACACGUUUCCACGCGUCACAGAAGAAAAAGGCUCGCAGGAAAAAGCGCCCGUCCAUGACGGCCAUGUCAACGCAACAGGAGGCCACAGACGCGUCCCAGAGCAGCACCAGCCGCAAUCCCACGCUGGGCAUGCGGACGUCCGUCUCCGUCAUCAUCGCCCUGCGGCGGGCCGUGAAGCGCCACAGAGAGAGGCGAGAACGCCAAAAAAGGGUCUUCAGGAUGUCCCUGCUGAUCGUGUCCACCUUCCUGCUGUGCUGGACGCCGAUCACGGUUCUCAACACGGUCAUCCUGAGUGUGGGUCCCAGCAACCUCAUGGUGCGGUUGAGACUCGGCUUCCUAGUGAUGGCGUACGGGACCACCAUCUUUCACCCGCUGCUCUAUGCCUUUACGAGGCAGAAGUUCCAGAAGGUCCUGAAAAGCAAGAUGAAAAAGCGCGUGGUGUCGAUCAUCGAGGCCGAUCCCACGCCCAACAACGCGAUCAUUCACAACUCCUGGAUCGACCCAAAGAGGAACAAAAAGGUGACGUUCGAGGACAAAGACGCGCAGCUGAAAUGUCUUUCUUCUGAAGAUGUGGAGUGAAGAAGCUCAUCACAUUAAGGUGAAACGCAGCCAAAGCAGCUGAAAGUAACUUCAAGCCAUCAUGAAAAGGGAAAAUUGUAUUCCAAAGCAGUAAUGUAAAAUACGAUGUGCAAUAUGAUGUACAAAUGUAGAAGGUGGAUAAUUUAUUACUAUUUAUUGAGAAUUGAGAUAAGUUUCAUAGAUGUAUUAUUGUACUGUAGAUAUUGCAUGGCCUUUUGUAACAGCAGCAGCAACACAUUAUGUACAUACAGUUACAUGUACAGAACAGGUUAAACGAGAUAUUUAAAUAGAGAGAGACGUAGGAAUUGUUAUGUAAACGUAUAUUUAUAAUAAAUUUUGUGCUCACAUCCAGUGCAGCUUCCUAUUCUCCGCUCCCUCAGGAAAGAUGUUUGCGAAUCGGUAACAGCUGUGAGAUUACACACAUUUAUCUUGUUGCCACUUUUCUUUGACACCAGUCCCGGCAGUCUCCAGCGACCGCUAACCUUAUUGCUCGGGAGCGUUUGAGAAGAAGGCCCUUAUACUGCAAUUUGAUAAUAAAUACAAGGCAGCAAACAAAGACAGGUCACAUGCAGUGCAGGUGAGAAGCGUACAUACAUCAACAGGCAUGAAUAUGUUCAAGAUACAAAACGUGGUGAAAUGAUGACGCAACAAACAACUUCAAGGAUUUCUAAAGACUAGAUUUUGGGAGUACAUGUUUGAAUUUAUAGGAGACUUUCUGUCAUCCAGAAAAAUGAUGUACUGAGGGGGGAAAAAUCCUCUACUGUAGUUUUGUGUGUGGAAUUGUAUUUUUGCAAGUUUUAGAAAAAACAAAUGCUUCUUAAAGCUAUGAGAUUCAAUUCUUGAUUUAUCAGCAUUGAAAGGCCUCAUUUAAAUGGGUUGCUUUCCAGGAACGGAGUUGUAUUUUAUUUUAUUUUUUAGAGAAGUCUGGGUAAUUUUCAAAGCUUUAAUGUUUGCCUGUUUUUGUUCCCAUUCCAACACCAGUUUUAAAAUGUAACCAUUAUUCUUUUGGACCACCGUCUUGUGUCCAAGGUUCAACCCUUUGGCCCUAAUUGGCGCCACGGCUCGACGUUAUUGUAAACAGGAAGUUGCUGGAACAACUGUCCCUCUGUCCACCAUGAGGACAGUUUCAUUUCAACAUUGACUGAGAGAGUGCUGACCAAGACAAAAGCUUCUGCUCUAAAAUUAGCACCUUUAAGCUUGGAUCAAAUGUACAGCUGCCAGCGCAGGCUGUCCCUGCGCCCUCUGUAAAACUGAAUGUAAUGAAAUGAGACAAAGAUUAAGCUAUUUGGCUGCAGUGACAGGCACUUUCUUUAGGGUCAAGGUUGAGGCUUUCAAAACCUGAGAACACUGUGCAACCUGCCAAGGAUAGCGGCUGUAGCAUUAUGUCUGAUGUCUGUUUUGCAGCGCAAAAUGGAUGCUGUAAGAAAAAUUCUUCACCUUCCCCUCAAAUUAACACCUGGACGGUUGAAAAUUUAGACACAAACUUGGAACAACAAUCGCAGUUUCACAGUAAAACUGGUUUUGGAAUGAAUGAAGCUUUUUGUUGAAAUAGUCGCUUCCUUUAACCCUUUGAAAACAUGUGGACUGCACUUAAAAAGCUGGGUUUAUGCCAGGAUGACGACACAUAUGAAUGAGCUCUUCCUGUUCUACUAAGAGCCCUGGCCAAAUAUCGUGAAUUAUCCCAAAGCUUUUGCUUAUUGUGACAAGAGGUCUGUGCUUUUUCCACAAUUUCCUAAAGAGAACUUAACUAAAUACAAGUGAAGGUGAACCCAUAUAUUUUAACCUCAAUGUAUAAUUUGACCUGUUGGAGAAGAGGUGAUGUAUAAUAAUUUAAAUUUGGUGCAACCUGUUUACUUUCUAAAAGUCAAAGAAGCAGCGAAAAAUAAAGAAUGGUUCAAGCAAGUCAAUAAAAGCCCUCAAUUAGUUAGGCUUUCAUGCGCAUGACGAGUACAUGAGUACUGUACACAGAGGAGAGUAGGGGAUGUUGGUUUUGAAAUAAAAGAAGAAAAAACAUGCUCAGGAAGUACUGUUUACAGUUCACCAAUCGCACACACAUUCCACAGACACAACAGAGCGCCAUGCUUCUCGUCAUCCUGGCUGACAUAAACCAGAUGUAAUCUCGUUCUGGUCUGCCUCUUCUUUAUUUAUUUUUUUUUCUGCUGCCAUUGAUUUUUUUGUCACUGAAAAAGCUAUCAUAGCCUAAUUUUAAGAUGAUGAAUCGAGUGUAACACGAGGUAGAGGAGAGACCGUGACGGUUUAAAUUAAAACAAAGAUUUCAAAGAGAA